GCAGGUAUCAAUCUUCUAGCUACAAUGUAUCAGGUACCAACUCUCUAGGCUUUUGCGCGCGCUAUUGUCACGCAAGACAACGCGCGUCCUCACGCAACUGAAGACCAGUUGUGGACCACCUGUCAAGAGUAGCAAUCAAAGCGUGAUGAACAAAGACGCAUGCCACUGGGCUGGCACACUGAUCAUUUUAGGCACCGUGGACGCAGCACAACGAACCCGUCAAAGCCGUCCACAAGGCUCGGGAUAUAAAAAACAUACCUCAGAGCGUCUAUGGAGAUCACCAAAAAUUGUUCGUUGUGCCCUGCGUGUUCUUUCAUUGACUCUAGUCAUACUCCACAUUAUCAUGGAAGAUAUGUCCAUCACAACAGUCACGACACGCUCCGGUAGCGUUACUUCAAUGAGCAUCACCAACGCUCUGUCACUCUCCACCACCGACAGACUCACCCCCGCCGAGAGAAAGGCCUUCGGUAAAUCAGAUUACAAGGCUGGCAAGGUUCUUGGUGUUACACUCACACGCAAUCACGUGGAGCAGGCGAACCAGGAUAGGAGACUUGCUUCAGUUCCAUGUCCAGAUCAACAAGAUACCCAAGGCGGCAAUACCCUGGGAGAGAUGAUGGCUCUCAUAGGUGCAAAGCGUUCACGUAACCGCAGUACAAGCGCCGUCACGAUCAUUAGGCCGCUCAAGAACCUUGGCCGCGGGCUCGCUUCAGGUGUGGGAAUGGACUUGGUAGAGAAGCGGAACAAGAAGCGAAGAGUUGCUGGGGAGUAUACGCAACGCGUGGUCUUCGGGCCCUUGUACUCCAACGAGUCACGCGACCAGGAAGACAAGGAAGAAUUGUCGACUGCCGUUAGGGACGAUAGUGCAUGCUCGUUCUUGAGGCUAGACGAGAGUGAGGAUACCAACACGCCUCUUGCAGGCAAGUUUCUGGUGGGAGAUGAUGAAGAGGGGGAAGAUGAUCUAUUCGGCAAUUUCCCAAGGGGCUUUGUUUGGGACGUCGAAAAUCCGUUUGCCAAACCCCCGAGUGGCAACCUUCAGCGAUAUUUCGAAGCAAUGCGACUUAGCGAAAUGAUUGGACCAUUGGAUGCUGCGCCGGAUGCAUCUCUCUGCUACACAACUAAUUUUUGGACAUCUUCCGAAGAAGAAAAAAGUCUCGAUUUUUUGAUUGCACAGGACGAAGCCGACGAGCAGCCAAUGGAGAGGAGAAGAAAAAUAAGGGCAGUAUUACGGUCCAAGAACAAGAUGUUGGAUGUGUUGGGAGCAGAGGCGCGACAAGCUGUCGAUAACUGUUGAAUACAAUAUGUUUCGAAGACAAAUUUAGGGUGACUUGCUGGUCAAGCUUUCAAGCAUAAGGACACACUCGACCAAGUUUUCGAGUCAGUGAAGCUUCGA